ACGAUAAAGAUUGGAAACUUUCUCCAGAAAUAGAUUUACCCAUUUCUUCAACAUAACCAAAAGGUCCAAAACUACCCUUCUCUGAUCAAAUGGAUUGUUCAUUCAUAAGUAGAGACGAUCUCCAAAGAAUGUUCAAGAAGCUCGACAAGAACCAAGACGGGCUCGUGACCCUCGACGAGCUCCAUUGGAUUCUUGAGAAACUCGGUUGGCCCGAACACACUCCCGAUGAGCUUGAACUGAUCGUUGGUAAACAGAGCCUCGAUAUAGACGAGUUUCUUCGGUUCUACAACGACGCCGUUUUAGAUAGCAAAGGAACGAAGAAGAAUACUGAUGAAGCGAUUGCGAGGGCGUUUAGUGUGUUUGAUGUGAACGGAGAUGGUUAUAUUUCUGCGGAGGAGCUUCGUGAUGUGUUGGGACGGCUAGGGUUCGAGGAGGAGGCAAGGGCUUGGGAUUGUGGGAGAAUGAUUCGAGUUCAUGACAAGAAUCUUGAUGGUUUCGUUGACUUUGAAGAAUUCAAGAACAUGAUCUUACAUGUCUAAUGAUGAUAUAUAAUACACAUGUAACAUGUGUGUGUAUAGUCCAUUUACAUGUUUGAUGUGUUAUGUGUAAACACUGUAAAGUAUAUCUUUGCUUAUGUGAUGUGUUGAUGUAUAAACUAUGUCUUUUAUA